GAAUAAAUCCAGUUCUAGAAUUUCACCUUUUCAUCUUUAUUAUUUUUCAUGGAAGAAAAACAAACUCUUUUCGUGGAAUCCGCUGAUAAUGACAUUAAAAAGAAACACUGGUCGCCAAGCUGUUCCGAUAAGUACAAAAAAGUCGACAAAAUAUGCAGAAAAUUAAUGGGAGGGUUAUAAAAUAAAUAAACCCCUUUCUGGCUCGCUGGUAUGUUGGCUGAUAAUGUCCUUGGCUGAGAGACUGUCCUCAAAAUUUCGCAUUUGCCCUCGAAGCUUCGCUCCUCAGCCAAAUAUUCAUUUUUUGGACAAUAUCUCAGCUGCGGACAUUAUCAGCCGACAUACCAGGCGCCAGAAGGGGUUUAUUUACUAAAUAUAUUUUGUACCCUAGAACUGUAUUGUGACCUGACACCGGCUGAUUAAACCUGCCACCUGCUGAAGAAUGCGCUCUUAGAUAUGACGUGGCGUGUGAAAUUACCUGCGCAGUUUCUUGGUUCCCUUUUAAAACGACUGUUGCCAAUCCGGGAUUAGGAAAAUUUAAUUUAGGUUGAUUUUCUUCCUCGGGGUUAAGGGUGUGGUACCUAGUCUCUCCACGCAGACGCUCUUAGCCUGGAGAGCACUGGGACGAGAACACCAAGUUGUACCCAGUCCCUAUACUGAGAAUCAAGAGUCAAAAUGGCGGGACUAGUGAGAGGUGUUCGAAGGCUUUCGAUGUUAACUCAUGUUCAUGCUCGGGUCGCGAGAGUUUCUACGAGAUUUUCGUCAACUGAACAGCAUGGCGAGAAUGGAACAAGGAGCCCCACCGAAGAGGAAGAAACGUCCUCCACAGGAUUUCCACCAGCAAGUAACUCUGUCGAUAGGUUGCCAGAUGCUUUCUCAGGAGCUGCAACCACACCAUUUAGCCGUGAAAUUACCCAAGUUCUGAUGUCACCAAUCAAUGAGACAGAUGUUGAGAUCAAACCAGAUGGGUUGAUCUAUAUUCCUGAAAUAAAAUACAGAAGAAUACUUAAUAAAGCAUUUGGACCAGGAGGUUGGGCAUUAGUGCCCAGGGGAGAAUCUCUUCAAUUUCAGAAUGACAGAGAUAACAGCCAGCUGAUUGUGCGGGAGUAUGCACUAUUUUGUUUAGGAAGAUUUGUGGCGCAGACAGUUGGUGAACACACAUUUUAUUCAACCAAUAAUAUGGUGUAUGGAAGAGCUAUGGAAUCUGCUAAGUCUAAUGCUUUAAUGAGGUGUUGUAAAGACCUUGGAGUGGCCAGUGAGCUCUGGGACCCACAGUUCAUCAUCGAAUGGAAAGAAAAGUAUGCUGUGAGUGCAUGGUGUGAAAAUGUACGAACCAGGGAAAAAAAGAAGUUAUGGAGACGAAAGGACAGAAAAUCAACAGAUGCAUUUCAAUAUCCAUGGAAGGAGAUCACUCAGGAAAAGUGAUUUAUUAUUAGAAACAAGUAGUGUUUAAAUUAAUAAAAGGUCACUCCAUUUA